UCCAACUUUGGCAAUCAUGAGUUAAAUUUGGUACAUGGACCUCGAGGUUAGCCUGUCAUUAGUUUGAUCGCAUUAUGGCUGACGUACUUACCGGAAGUAGCUGUCACGUGAUGUUCUGAAAGUCAUCUAUCGAAAACAAUAGGAAACAUGAGUACCACAAAUGGAAGCGACAGUGUUAUGAAAGAAGGCUCGUGCACCGGGACUUCCUGCAGAAUUCAAGUAGUUAUACAACUUCAGUGCAUGCAAUGUGCUGAAAAGGAGACUGUGUAUGUGUAGGAUUUUUUUUUUCAGACUCUGUUUUGAUGCUGGUAGUGGUAGUGAGAAGUCAGAAUGGCCAAGAGAAAAGGGUCGGUAGAUGCCUGUGCAGUAACAGAAUCUAAGAAAGCAAAGCAAGUCACAAAGGGGACGACACAGAGGAAACCGAAAACAGCUGGCAGUAAAAAACUAUUGGAAGGUGCCUGUGCUGACAGGCUAGUCUCUGCAGUGAAUUCUUCUAAGGUUCCAAGAGGAAAGAAAAAGAAGCCAGACUUCAAAGUUCCAGCGACAGCAGAUGGGGCUUCAAAACAGAAGAGCAUCAAACAUGAACAGAAGAAGGAGCCAACUGAAAUUAAAAUAGAAGACCAUGACAACAAGGACACUAUGAGCACCUUGAAGGACAGGCUGGCCGACAGGGUGAAGAAGGAGAGCUCGGAGGAGGACAGUGAUGAGUACGAGUGGGAGGAUGUGGAAGAACUCAAUGAGCCGGUAUCGUUCGGGUCAGCCACCUCCAGCCUUCCCGAGCCCGUCCUACCCUGUCAGCCAGUCGAGAUAGAAAUUGAAACACCACAGCAAGCCAAGAAGAGACAGAGGAGGGAGAAAAGGAAAGCUGAAUUUGAGACCUACCUGCGAAGGAUGAUGAACCGUUUCAACAAGGAUGUGGUUGUAGACACCCAUAAGGUGCACCUGCUCUGCUUGUUAGCCAACGGGUUCUUUCGGAACAGGAUGUGCAGUGAACCAGAUCUCCAAGCUAUAGCCCUGUCUAUAAUACCAGAGCAGUUCACCAAAGUUACCCCGGAGCACGCAGACGUCAUAUACCUGUCAAAUCUCAUCAAGUGGUUUAUGUCAGCCUUUGUCCUGAACCCGGAGUUAUCCUAUAAUGAGAACGAGAGCCAGGUGUCAGCUCUGGAAAGGAGGUUUGAGACGUUUGCUGCCAGAGACCAUGAAGAAAUGACACAUCUUUUCUUAAUAAUUCUCAGGGCUUUACAGUUAUUUUGCCGUCUGGUGCUGUCUCUUCAACCCAUUUCUCUGAAAGGACCCCCCACUAAGAGCAAGUCAAGAACUUCCAGCCGCGCUUCUCGGGACAGUCCUGGUUCUUCCCGGAAGACCAAGCAAGCCAAAAAAAAGUGUCCAGUUCAGAAGAAAGGCAGGGCGAAGGGGGUUGAGGAAACCUCAUCUGAUCAGGAAAGUGAUGGGGCCUCAGAGAAGGGCCAAGGAGCCAAGCGAGCAGCCAGCGGGCAGGGCAGGUCUGGCAAGGGGGCAAAGAAACGCAAGUCUUCAGAGGAGGCGGGCAGUGAUGGCAACAACCAACAGAGAGCAGCGAAGGAAGGAGUGCAGAGACCCAAGAAUGCCCGGCGCAGGACAGUGGCCUCCAAAGUCUCGUAUAAAGAGGAGAGUGGGAACGAAAACAGCAGUGACUCCGAGUUUGAGCUUUCCUCUGACACGGAUUUCUCAGAAGGAGGAAAAAGCUGCACACCUAAGGGCAAGAGAGCCUCGCAAAAGGGAGCUGAGGUGCUAAGUGGUGAUGACGGAGACAUUAAAGUGGUCGGCGAGGUGUCUUCCAGGGGUACGGACCAGUGGCUGGAGGUCUACCUCGGUCGAAUAGGAAAAUGGGUUUGCAUGGAUUGCGUGCGACCUACGGUAAACCAGCCGCAACAGUGCUAUAAAUCCGCCACCAAACCGAUUGCCUACAUUGUGGGCAUUGAUGAUGAUGGCUUCGUUAAGGACAUUACAAGGCGCUACGACCCGGCGUGGAUGACGUCCACCAGGAAACACAGAGUAGAUGUUGAGUGGUGGAGGACAUUGGAGUGCUAUCGGAGUCCGGUCAAUGAGAGGGAGAAGAAGGAAGAUCUGGAGCUUCAUGCCCAACUCCUGGACCAGCCACUACCAACUUCCAUUUCUGAGUACAAGAACCACCCGCUGUAUGUGCUGAAUAGGCAUCUUCUGAAAUACGAAGCCCUCUACCCACCAACCGCCGCCACCCUGGGCUACUGCAGAGGGGAGGCCAUCUAUUCCAGGGACUGUGUGCACACUUUGCAUUCUCGGGACACGUGGCUGAAAGAGGCCAGGGUAGUGAGACUGGGAGAGGUGCCAUACAAGAUGGUGAAAGGGUUUUCGAAUCGUUCCCGCAAGGCCCGCCUGGUGGAUACGGAGAGCCGUGAUAAAGACGACCUGCCGCUAUUCGGAUCCUGGCAGACAGAGGAGUACCAGCCCCCCGUGGCGGUGGACGGGAAGGUUCCCCGGAACGAGUAUGGGAAUGUGUAUCUCUUCAAGCCCUGCAUGUUGCCCAUUGGCUGUGUUCGAAUGCAAGUCUCCAACCUCCACAAAGUGGCUCGCAAGCUGGGUAUUGACUGUGCCCCGGCGGUGACUGGCUUCGAUUUCCACUGUGGAUUCUCACACCCUGUUAUUGAAGGCUAUGUCGUGUGUGAGGAGUACAAAGAGGUUCUACUGGCCGCCUGGGAGAAUGAGCAAGCAGAGAUGGAGAGGAAAGAAAAAGAGAAACGUGAAAAGCGAGUCCUGGCAAACUGGACGCUGCUGGUAAAGGGAUUGCUGAUAAAAGAGCGGUUGAAGCAGCGAUAUGGAAAUCAGAAUGAAGCCAAGGUCCCCACAGGCACGGCAGAAGGUGGAGGGUUCUCCUCUGAUGAGGAGGGUCCCAGCUCUCAAUCCACUGCCCCUGACCUGGCCUGUUUCUGGCCCCAGAACAGACAGGACCCAGAAGAAGAGGGAAGAAUUGUGAGAAAAAGCAAACGGGAGAAGAGGGGUGAACAAAAGAAUCUGUUUCCUUUUGAGAAAUAAAAAAAAAAAAAAAAAAAAGACCCGCAAAAAUGUUACCCCAACAUUUGAUAGCUAUAUUAGCAGGGGUCAAAAAAAUACUAUGAAGCUCCUGAGUUAACUGCUUCUGUUUGACGUGUGGGAUAAAGAACAGCUGACAGCUUUAGAAAUAGUUUCUAAAUUAACAUUUUUUUUUCUAAAUGUAGCUAACUCAGUAAUAGUUUUUUUGUCAAAGCACUGCAGGAUUGUUUGUAGAUACCAUUCUUUUAUACUGAUGUUUGUAUGUCAUUUUGAUGUUGUCUUUUAAUAUUUAUAUUGACGUGCCAGGUCUCCAGAGUACUGUUUGGUUGUAUUUUGUCCAAGGUGGAGUUGUGGCUUGGGGAUACCUUGGCUUAAUUCACUAGUCUUUACUUCUGGUUGCCAGGAUCAGACGACAAGUAAAAUGUGUUUGAACCGAGCCCCUAGUGGAUAGCAUUUCAGUUACGAGGCACAGAGAGAGGUGGGUCUGUGUAUGCAGACUCAACUGCUCCCUCUACCCCCAAGACUUUAAAUGUCUUGCGAUCUGAUAAACAGAACUCUACCUGGUCUAUGAAGAGAUUUACGUAUCAAGGCAAAGUUAAGUCUUGAACAGCACACUGGAGAAGCUGGCAAGACUUUCUGGAAGUUAAAAAGCCAACUGCUUAAAAAAAUGUAAUUACAUUUUUUAUUUUACACAGGUUACAAACAUUGUUUUGAGAUUGUAUAGUUGACCACAAAUGACUUUAAAUAAAUAAACUUUUGACUUUG